CUUCCCCUUCGACGUUCUUAUUAAAUUUUUUUAAUCCUCCUCCUUCCUCCACACAUCCUACUAUCAAUAAUCGAUAUCGCGAAAUGGCCAGAUUCUUCUUCGUCACUUUGUUCGCUAUCUCUAUGGCAAUCCUUACCAGUGCUGAACCAGAACGGAGGAACCUUGAGGAGCGUCAAAUCUCCAGUAUAUUCAGUGAUAUUACUGGUGGAGCUGGAUCUGUUUUAACCCAAGCUACAAGCGGAGCCGGGUCUGUAUUCACACAAAUUACAAGCGGAGCCGGAUCUGUCUUCACACAAGUUACGAGCGGAGGUGGAUCUGUCUUUACACAAAUUACAAGCGGAGGUGGAUCCGUUCUCUCAGACGCAACAUCAAUAGGCGGAGGAGUUCUCACAACCGUUAUCUCUGCCGCUGAAGGUGCCGCAACCGUUGUAACCAGUGCAGGCGGGAAAGCUAUCACCCUCGCUGGAUCUGGAGUAAGCGAAGUGACGUCGGCCGGUGGAAAGUUCACUGCGGUCGUCACGUCGUUUGCUGGUCAGCAGUACACAGCACUAGUCAAGGAGAACUCGGCUAAAGCCUCGUUUGAGGGGCUUCCGAUCGCUGCUGCGUUCUUGACUUUGGUGUUCGGGGCUGUGGUUGGAGCUUUGCUUACUCUGUGAUUGAUUAUUCCCCCCCCCUCCCCUACUCCAAUUUUCGUGUAGCCCAUUCACUUUGAAUGAGCUGUGUUUGAUUCGUGAUGCACGAUAUACGGAACCAUUAGCAUUAAAUAUUGAUCCCUGGUUGUAUAAAAUGACCAGUUUACGACGAUGUCUGUGCACUUUUAACUAUUCACGAUACCCCAUUUAUCCCUACGUACUCACCUUAAGUUUUUGUUGACAAUUCAUCCUAAACCAUUGCCACAAAAGUUAGCCUAGCUUCACAAUUUGAAAGCAUGAAAUGCCU